AAAAAAAACUUUGAGAAUCAUGAGAGUGUUUCUUUUACUUUCUUUGAAUGCUCUCAUGUUACUUGAAGCAUAUGGUUUUACCGAUGAAUCUGAUAGGCAAGCGUUGUUCGAGUUCAAAUCUCAAGUUUCUCUAGGCAAAAGAGCUGUUUUGUCCUCAUGGGAUAACACCGUCCAUGUGUGCAACUGGACUGGGGUUACAUGUGGCCGCAAACACAAGAGAGUUACUCGUUUGGAGCUUGGAGGAUUGCAAUUAGGCGGAAUGAUAUCACCAUCUAUUGGUAAUCUUUCCUUUCUCAUAUGGCUUAAUCUCUCUGGUAACUCUUUUGUUGGUACCAUCCCUCACGAGGUGGGAAACUUGUUUAGGCUUGAACACUUGGAUAUGAACUUUAAUUAUAUCAAGGGAGAUAUUCCAGCCAGUUUGGCUAACUGCUCUAGAUUGUUGGAGCUUCAGAUUAAUUCAAAUCAUCUUGGAGGAUGUGUUCCUUCAGAACUAGGGUCAUUGACGAAGCUUGUUACUUUAGAUCUUUAUGGAAACAACCUAAAAGGAAAGCUCCCUGAUUUUCUAGGUAACUUAACAUCCCUUAAAGAAGUUGGAUUUGGAGGUAACAAUAUAGAAGGAAGAAUUCCGGAUAAUAUAGUUAGAUUGACUCGAAUGGUGUAUCUUGACUUAUCACGGAACAAUUUCUUAGGUGUUUUUCCUCCCCCUAUUUACAACUUGUCCUCACUUUAUGUUUUAAACAUCUUCGGUAAUAGUUUCUCGGGUAGUCUAAGGGCUGAUUUUGGUAAUUUGCUACCCAACCUUCAAAGGCUUUUUAUAGGAAGGAAUCAUUUCACAGGAGCCAUUCCAACUACACUUCCCAAUAUCUCAAAUCUUCAAAUGUUGGGAAUGGAGUAUAACAAUCUGACAGGAGGUUGGUCGUAAUAGGUUGGGGGGGUCGCUUGCCUAAUUCCAUUGGUAAUCUGUCCACGGAGCUCAACCUUUUAAGCCUUGACACAAAU